CGCUCUGCCAUCAUUUGUCGCCCCACUCAGGCAAUUAACUAAGAGAACCAGUCCGACGAUACCGCACACGACAUGGCACCGCCUGGCCCACCCCCCUACACUCUAGAACAGAUCCUCGCGAUGACCUCACCGGAAGAGCAAAUCCGGGCUCGCGCAGAGCUUAAGAGCUACAUUGCACGGAUGAAGAAAGAAAAAGAGGACAGGCUUGCGUAUGAGGCUUAUCAGUCAGAUGGCUACUCAAACUAUGGGCACUCCGGAGGGGCCUCGGAAACUGGCUACAGCAACUCCUACCGCCCCGUAACUGGUCCAAAGCGCGGCGGGUACGCACAUGGUGGUAAUGGCUACAAUUUGUACCAUCCGUAUCAGCGUUCGCAACCUCCGCAUAUCGCACAGAAGUUCAAGAACCGAUCUGUUACCUUUACCAAGUCUGACGUCGUUAUCGAGUCCUCGGGAGCAAACGAGGCGGGAACGCUUUCACCUAAAGCUGCGAACAACACUAUUGCGAGCCAGAGCAGCCAACAGCAGAUUGAGCCGAAGACCCUCUGCCCGGCAUUCACUUCCACAGGUGUAUGUUCCCGCCACGGAUGCCGUCACCUCCAUGAUCCGAAUCAGCAAGCCCUCUGCAAGCGCUGGCUCUAUAAGGACGAGUGUCUAAAGGGAGAAUUCUGCCCGUUGUCUCACAAGACUUCACCACACAACUCGCCCACUUGUCUGCACUUCCAAGAGGGCCGAUGCAAGAACGAUAAUUGCCGCUUUGCUCAUGUACGCAUUAACCCAGCGGCAAACAAUUGUGAAGCAUUUGGACGCUUGGGGUACUGUGUCAAUGGAAAUGCGUGUCCCAACCUCCAUGCACAUGAGUGCCCUUUCUUCUCCAAUACAGGCGUCUGUCCAUUUUUCGAUAAGUGUCGAUUGGGGCAUGUUCAUCGUGCUUCUCGAAUGAGGAAAGCAAACCGGUCUUCCUCAGCGGAUCGUGCUUCUCUUUCGGGCACCCCAGAGGAGGAGGACUUGGAUACUGCUGAGGAUACACAGGAAUGGACGAUCCAACCCAAGACUGGAUCUAUUCACAACCCCCAUCAGUUCACCCAGCAGGCCGAUUUCGUUCCCCUCGACGCGGACGAUUGAGCGCGGACUGUGUGCUGGUUAUGUGCCCUCGGAACACUGUAGGUAGCCCCCGCCACCUGCCAUCGUCUAUGAUUCUUUCCUAAUCCAUCAC